AGAGGCGGAUGCUGAGGAUGCCCUUGCCUUGGUUCCGGCCGCGAGCCCUGCGCGGCGCCACAGCCAUGGCUCCGAAGAGGAAGAGCAGGAGGAGGAGGAGGAGGAGGAGGAGGCCGGCCUGAUCUUGCUUGCGGGCUCCAGCCUCACAGGCUGCAGCAGCAGCCUUAGCCUUCCUCCCGCCAUGGGCAACGUGCCGUCGGCGCUGAAGCACUGCCUCAGCUACCAGCACCUCCUCAAGGAGCCCCUCUGGGUGGGCGACGCGCCGCCUCCUCCACCGUCGCCACCGCCCACGGAAGACCCGCAGCCCCUGGGGCAGGAAUUGCUCACAAGCGGAUUUCCUGAAUUUGUUAAAAUUGUAGAAGUUGGUCCAAGAGAUGGAUUGCAAAAUGAGAAGGCUAUAGUGCCUACAGAUGUCAAAAUUGAAUUCAUCAACCGACUUUCCAAAACAGGCCUGCCUGUGAUAGAAGUGACUAGUUUUGUUUCUUCAAAAUGGGUACCUCAGAUGGCAGAUCACACAGAAGUCAUGGGAAGAAUACAGCGCUAUCCCGGAGUCCAGUAUCCAGUACUUACACCUAAUCUUCAUGGUUUCCAUUCUGCUAUUGCUGCUGGGGCUAAUGAAGUGUCGGUCUUUGGUGCAGCAUCUGAAGCUUUCAGCAAAAAGAAUAUUAAUUGCUCCAUAGAAGAAAGCAUGGAAAGAUUUGAGAAUGUUGUGAAAUCUGCAAGAAACAUGGACAUUCCAGUGCGAGGGUAUGUGUCCUGCGCAUUGGGAUGCCCUUAUGAAGGAAGCAUUGCUCCAGCUAAAGUUGCACAAGUCUCAAAAAGGCUCUAUAGUAUGGGAUGUUACGAGAUAUCUCUGGGUGACACCAUUGGUGUGGGAACACCAGGAAGUAUGAGAAGAAUGCUGGAAUCUGUUAUGAAGGAAAUCCCAGUGACUGCUAUUGCAGUCCAUUGUCAUGAUACAUACGGCCAAGCUUUAGCCAAUAUCCUUACAGCUUUGCAGAUGGGAGUUCAUGUUGUUGAUUCUGCAGUUGCUGGUUUGGGAGGCUGCCCAUAUGCAAAAGGUGCCACAGGAAACGUAGCUACAGAGGAUGUCAUAUAUAUGCUUAAUGGCUUAGGAAUCAAUACGGGUGUGAAUCUUUAUAAGGUUAUGGAAGCUGGUAACUUCAUUUGCACAGCCUUGAACAAGAAUACAAAUUCUAAAGUUGCCCAAGCAUCCUUCUGUGGUUGAGCCAGAGAAGAUAUGGGGCUGUUUCUAAGAGUUGCAUAUUUGGCCAUCAGUGUGCUCUACCUAUUUACAGGUGCAUGUGGCAAACCCAUUGCAAAUACCAUUUCAGCAGAAGGAGAAGAUGCCAACAUAGAUGGUAUCUGACAAGUCAGUAGCAGUAGUACAUAAUAAAUUUAAAGUGAAAACUUCAAGUCUGCUUGCCAGAUGAAACCAUCUUUCUUUUUUCUCUUAGAUCUUUGAGAUUGCCCUUCUGUAUAUGGCUGCAGUUUCAUUGGGCCUCAUCCAGCUUCAGAGCCCAUAAGACUAUUCAAAUGAGUAUACCUGUAUGAGGAAAUAAGAGUAAUUUCUUUCUCACAGAUGUGAGAAAGAAAAUAUACAUUUGGGGAUGAAGUAGUCCCCAUAGCUGUGUGUUCAGAUGAACAUAACUCUAGGCAAAUGUUUACCACAGGAGGACAUAUCCAUUAAGUUAAGUGGUCUUUACCCUGCAAAAUAUACCCUGUUAUAUUUUUUAUACUUUUACAAUGCUACAGUUACUUGUUUGGGUUGCUUUCAAUUUCCCUGUUCUUCUAGAAACAUGCAUGCAUGUAAUGUCUGGUAUUAUCUGCUGAAUUAUUUAGCUUGACCAAGGGCUUGCCUACACUGAUAGAAGAAAAAUCUGUUUCACACGAGUUCUCAGUGACCUUGCAGCAAUCUCAUUCAUGCCAGACACAUCAAAAAUUGGGCUAGCCCCACUCUCCAAUGUUUUUGGUCCAACCUAAAAACAUGGCUCUUUAACGAAACUUUCCAAUUGGUAUAAAGCCCAAAACGUCUACACUGUAGACCCAUUGGUUUGCACUGAAAGCACUUUAUAUGACUGGUUGGUUGUUAUUCAUGUUAUGUCUAUAACAUUUUAUUGAUGUCUGUUUUAGGGUUGAUUGAUUAUAUUAUGGUAUUGUUUUAUGUAUUGAUGUAAAUUAUGUUUUCCUUUGAUAUUGAUGUAUCUGUAUUUAUUGCACCAUAUGCAUUAUUCCAUUACGAGUGCUUUGUAAGCUGCCCUGAGUCCCAUUUGGGAGAUGGUGGUAGGGUAGAAAUAAAGCAUUAUUAUUAUUAUUAUUAUUAUUAUUAUUAUUAUUAUUAUUAUUAUUAUUAUUGUGAGAUUGGUGUAACCAGCCACAAGCCUUCCCCUGGUGAGUUCACCUCAGUGUAAUGGGAUGAUCCAUAUCACCAAAACUUUGUAUUAUUUUCAACUACCGGCAGUUUCCACGUUGUGAUCAAAAGAACUUCUGUAGAUUUGUUCUUAAGUUGAACAGGUACAUUUUAAGUGUAACUCCAGCCAUUUUUUAAAAGUUUUUGAUAGCACAGGAAAGGGUAACAUUCCUGUGACAUUUGUUUUGCUGUCUGCGCCCCUGUCCAGAAGACUUCACCUCACUUCCUGUCUAUGAAACAAUUGAAUUUUGAAAAUUUGAGGUUGUUCUGGAAACAAUGAUUGGUGAUAAAGAUUCAGCAGAGACAUCUUUUCCCAGGACAACUCUUCUUUAAGUGCAUUUCCCUUCCUAGGGGUAGACUUCUUCUCACUUCCCGUUGUCUCACCCACAUUUAUAACUAGGAGUCAUUUGUAAGUUAGAUGUUUGUAUAUGACCAUAGCAGCUCCACAUUUUGUUUUUCCCAUCGUGCUUGUGAAUGUACCUAUUUCCAACUUUUUCCUCAUGGCUUGGAAGGGCUCUGGCCAUUCUGUUAAGUAAGGGUGCACAUAUAUUGAUAUGCAGAUAUCUGCACAAUUACAUACACCCACACCAUGCUGAGAAACUUAAAACAAAGUUCAAAUUGUGGAAAAAACAACUUCCUGGUGGAAAUGAUCAGGUUACUGCUUGCCUGAGGUCACCUCCCACUGAUUUGUCUUUUUUGCCCACCAUUAAAUCCUCCCAGUUCCCUAGCCAUGUCACUUUGGAAGCAUGGGGACAUACCAACCCCCCCCCCCAAUCUUUUUAGGAAAAUGGCAGGAUAAAAGGCAAGCUUUUUGGACCAAAUUUGAACCACUAUCACAAAGAAUGAAAUUACAAGGGAAUCUUCAGAUACAUUGUGCAUCCAGAUCACAGAAGCUACCAGGUGAGUAUGUUUUUUUUCUCAGUGUAGACAACCCCUAAGAAAGAUGCUUCACAUCACUAUCAGAUUUGAAAUUGGUAAAAUAUGUAGUGUGUUACCACUUCAGAUUUACAAAAUACUCACCUUGCUAAAGUGAUAAGAGAAAAGGCACAACAUAGUGAAGUUGCUAUAUUGAAAGUAUGUGAAAUUUUAAAGGUUCAGGGCAGAUGUGUGUAGUACACAUAUAUUUAAAAUUAAGUGCCAGGCUACAAAAUAUGUACAACUGAUGGGCACUUUAAAUCACUUUGGAAAAACUUAAAACAACGUUUUUGUUGCUUGAUUUGGGCUGCAAAACCAAUGGACUGGUGGCUCGUGUUGGUCACAUGUGAAGGCCCUCUUUCAGUGGUCUCAUUCCCAUGUCAUUAACUGUUAUUUUAAAGCACUUUGGACAGAACUGGCUGCCAUGUAGUAAGAUAGUAAGUACAGUCUUCCUUCUUAAUGAAGUUGAGUUUUAGUGUCAUAUAAAUAUUUGCAGCAGUUUAUGAGGUCCAUCAGUGUGUGUGGCCUUGCUGUUCUAUAUUUUAUUACUCCAGAUUGGCUUUUUUACAUUUGCCAAGUCAAUUAUGCUGUGUACAGGGAGCCAAACCCAGAUUUACUACGAGUAGCAUAUUUGUAAUGUUUGCUGUGGUUGACAUCUGUUAAGGAUAUGAAUGACUUUAUCUUGUUCCAAGAAUUUGUAGGAAAUGGCAGUUUGCCAUGUUUUACAAAUUAAUGGUGCCCCUUUGUAGUUGUUACAAAUAUAGUCAUUACACUGAAAUAUGAUUUUAUCCCAUUGACUAAAAAAAUAUUAACAAUGGGGGAAAUACCAUUUAGAGCUGCUGCUAUAUGAUUUUCAUUCAUUUCCAGUAAGGAAAUUUAAAAUUGUGCUGUGAGUACAUUGAAACCAAAGAUGAUGUGUGGUAGUCUGAUAGAUCGCACCCUAACACAGUUCCAGUCAUUAAAGAGAGUAUUUUAAUGAGGUUAAUAAGUGUGCCAAUGGUGUGAUUUUAAAAAAAAUAACAGUCAUGAGCUAUACCAGGGGUCCCCAAACUUUUUAAGCAGAGGGCCGGUCAACAAUCCUUCAGACUGUUGAGGGGCCGAAUUAUCAUUUGAAAAAAAAUACAAAUUCCUAUGCAUACUGCACAUGUCUUAUUUGUAGUGCAACAACAACAAAAACGAAAGAAUACAAUAUUUAAAAAUGAAAACAAUUUUAACCAACAUAAACCUUUUAGGAUUUCAAUGGAAAGUGUGGGCCUGCUACUGGCCAAUGAGAUAGUCAAGUUAAUUAGGAUUGUUGUUGUUGUUGUUGUGUGCCUUCAAGUCAUGUCAGACUUUGGCUGAGCCUAAGUCUAAAAUUAAUUAUUUAUUUACUGCAUUUAUUUACUACAUUUAUAUCCCACCCUUCUCACCCCGAAGGGGACUCAGAGCAGCUAUAUGUACAUACAAUAUAUUAUAUUAUUAGCAUAACGCAAUAUUAGCAUUAUAUAUUAUUAUACUGAACAAUACCACUAUACUAUUAUAUAAUAUGUAAUAUAUAACAUAUAAUUAAUAUUAUUAUAUGGUGUUACUAUUAGUAUUAUAUUGUAUAACAUAAGAUUAUUAUCAAUAUUAUAUGUAUAUACAACAUAUUAUAUUAUUAAAACUGAUAUAAAAAUAUUAUAUUAUAAAACUGAGGGCGGGGGCCAGGUAAAUGACCUUGGAGGGCCGCAUCCGGCCCCCGGGCCUUAGUUUGGGGACCACUGAGCUAUACUGUAUAUCAAACAAUAACAUCUGUCUACAGUACACAAGCAAAUCAGUUUGGUGCUACUGUAGUUUGAGAGAGUACUGUACUUCUAUUUCUCUGCUGGGGAGAUGUUGAUAGAAAUGCAGAUGUUCUCAUCUCCUCACAUUUGACUAGGCGCUUUGCCCAGGAUUAGUCUCUUUGUUUCCAGUAACACAUGCAUACACACAAUUUAACAGACAUAGUUCUCUCUCUACAUUAUAUCUUAUACUCUAUAUGUUAUUCUGUAUAUCCCAUCUUCCCUCUAUAUAGCGCAGCAACAAGGAAGUAAGAUGUCAAUUUAGAGAGCCUGAUCCAGUCUUGGUGAUGUAGACUCUACCCUUCUGCCACUCUUGGUUAUGGACAAAGUGUCUGGGCACCUCUCCAUCUAGUCCAGGAGCAUUACUGCUCUGGAAUACCUGUGAAUUAAGCACCCAGUAUAUGUAAGCUCUUAAACUGGCCCAUGGAGUUGAAAGAGACCACAGAGGCCAUGAUAUCCAACCUCUUGAAAUGCAGAAAUACACAAAACAAUCCUUACAAACUGAAGCAUGACUAAGGGUGCAUCUAUACUGAUACUACUAACAGCCAUGUCUCGAUGCUGUGGAAUCAUGAGAGUUGUAGUUUGGGGAGGCAUCAGCCCUCUUUAGCAGAGAAAACUAAACACCCUGUAAAGGUACAAUUCCCAUGAUUCCAUAGCAUUGGACUGUGGUAGUUUGUGUCAGACCGCAUUAAUCCCACAGUGUAGAUGCAUCCUUAGCCAUGCCUUUUAAUUGUGAAAAUUGUAAGUAACUUGCUAAUUGCAAGUAGUUACUUUCAAGCUCUGAUUGUAUUUCCUCAAUACAGUUUAGAAUUUAGAAUUAUCUUUAAUUUUAAUUUAUAUAUUUAAAACUAUUGCAUAUAAAAUGUUAUCUAUAUAUUUUUGUUUACAUAAAAUGGUACAGUUAUGUGUGUCUGUGCAUGUAGGCGGUAAUCCUAAAAGAUUUUUUCUUAUCAUGUUAUAAUUUUUCUUUCAGGUAGGAAUAAAAAAUAAAGAAACCUUAUAUUGUGGGCCAUAAUAACUACUGUUGAUUAAACAAUGCUCCUGAAACAUUAUAGCAUAUUGUGUUUUCACUGAAUGCCUCUGUUAUUUGCUUUCAUUGGUUUAUAUUCUUUAUCUCUAAGAUUAAGAAUGAAAAAGAAUACCAGGAAAUAGCCCAAUAUAUAACAAACUACUGUACAUGUUAGCUACUGGUGACCAAACUGUCCCAAUAAAGCCUUAGUAAUUAUCAGCUGCCUUUUCAUCUUUUGUUGACAUUAUUGGGUUACAAUUCAUACUGAAAGCAUUUACUUCUCAUACCUUUCCCCCCUUUUAUUAUAUCAGCAGUUCCUGAUUUGUUGACUCACAAUUUAUUAAUUUCUUGUCUUCAUUGCUCUGGACAAGUCAAAUCAGGAUGACCAAAGCUGCUUUAGAAAAAAAGCUAUCAGAGGGCCUCUUUCAGCACAGCCAUCACUGAAAGACCCCACAAAGUGCAAAGGCCCCACAAUAUGCUGACACCUGCCACACCUCUAUUCCUGAGGGUUUGGAGCCUCCACUUGGACUUUCCAUAAGUCAAAAGGCUUUUAGUUUCCCAUUAAUUUAAAUUGAAUAUAGACAUGAGAUCAUAGUUGGAAGGGGCCUCAUGGGCCAUUGAGUCCAACCCACUGGGACAGCCGUCUUCCUGAUUCUUCCCCCACCACCGCGAUAUUUGGCGAUUCCAGUGGUGCAUGUGAAGAAGUCAUCAAAGAAGUCCGCAUCAAUACAACUGCUCUUGUUGUCAAGACAUUCCUUCUGAUAUUCAAUCAAAACCUGCCUUCCAAUAAUGGAAAACCCAGCCAAUUUACCAGUUGUUAGGAAUUGUGGGAGCUGAAGUCCAAAAUACCUAAAAGACCAAAGGGUAGGAAUCACUGUUCCAAGGCAACAGAGAAUAUACUGCCCCACACAUUUCUGUGACAGCUCUUGGGGUGUUUAAAGAAUGCAAUCAUAUCACCCUUCAGUCUUCUUCUGACCCAGCUGAACAUGACUGACUCCUUUAGACUUUUGUCAUACAUUUUGUUUCCAAAUUUCUUACUGUCCUUGUCCUUCUCCCUCCAAUUUACCUAUAUCUUUCUUAAAACAAGGUGUCCAUAACUGAAUACAGUACUUCAGAUGAGACAUGACCAGUUUUGAAAGUAGCAGGACUAUUACUUCUCUCAACUUGAAAAUUAUUAAUGCAGUUUAAAAUAGCAUUUGCCUCCUUUGCUACUGUCUUACAGUCAAUUAUAUUCAACAAUAAUGCCACAUAGUAUUGCUGAAUAAUGUAUCCCCAUCUUAGACCAGUGCAUCUCGGGUUUUUUUAAAAUGUAGAAUUUUGCAUUUGUCUCUAUUAAAUUUCAUUUUAUUAUUUUCCUGCCCAAUUUUCUAGUUAUCUAGCUCUUUUUGAAUUGUGUUCCUAUCUUCUACCCCUGUAACUACUAGCCACCCAUCCCAGUUUUGUGUUAUCUAUAGACUUGAUAACAAUUCUCUCUACCCCAUCACCUAAGUCAUUGAUAAAUAUGUUGACAAGUAGGGCCCUAGGACGGAACACAGCAGUGCUCCAGUUGAGGCCUCCUUCUAAUUUGAAGCACAUCCACUGACAGUAAGUCUUUAAGAAUGGUUCUCCAGCUUGUUAUGGAUACAUCUGACAUUGUUCCCAUCCAUUUUGCAUUGAAUUAGUUUGCCAAUCAAAACAUGGGUGUCCAUAUCUUCAAAUGGUUUGCUGAAAUACAGAUAAAUGUCAUUCACAGCAUUUCUACCAUCUACCACACUAGUGUUGUGAUUGAAAAAAGCUUUCAAAUUAAUUUGGCAGAAUUUGUUCAUGGCUUGCACUAUUCACUGCAUUGUCAACAAUAUGCAAGUAGACAGACUCCCACAUGAUCCAUACUAAUUUUUUGGUGUUGAAAUUAAGCUGAUUAGUCUGCAGCUUCCUGGAUCUUCUUUUUUGCCUUUUUGAAGUGAGAAAUGUUUGCCCUUCUCCAGUCCUCUAGCACCUCCUUGUUCCCCAAGACAAGAAAUAUUAAUCAAUGUACUAGAGAUCAUUUUGCAUACAGAAGGAACAAUUUAAAUUAGUGUUGCAGCUAUGAGGAUACAAGAUUACAGUUCAGUGGGGUACAUGUACAACUCAUUUGCGAGUAGAUCCUUCUCCAGACCUUAGUUGAUUCUUUGGGGAUACAAAUGUUCAUAUCAUAGGUAUGAAAGACAAAUGACAUCCAAAAUGCUUCAGAUUGAUCUCUUGUCAUUUCAUUGCUCCACAGUCUCUCAUUUUGCAAGAUUUUCUGAUACCACCAAUUUCCGUAUGCUAUCUCUUUUCUUACUGUCAAACCCUGUCAUAUUUUCCGUAAAGGUACAAAUCCCUGUUUUUACCAUGUUCUUUUAUAUACUUGUAUAUAUGCCUAGUGGAUGUGACAACUCACAUAGGAGGAUUAACUUAUUUAGGACCACUGUGUAGCUUUUUUUU